GUCGGGCUUGUUAGACCCGACCCGAUUGCAGCCCUAGAUAAUUAAUUCCUUGCUCUCUUCUUCGGGAGCUCCUCCCGACCGCGUGGGCUUCGAGCGACUCGCGCCCCCGAUCGGCGUCGCGCACCGGAGUGGGUUUUGUGUUAAUUAUCACGAGGGAAAGUGGAAGUACAAUAAGAGAUGGCUACAAAAGUUGAUCCAUCUUCUUCUGUUGAAUCUCGCCGUCUGCAGUCUACUACUUCAAUGUCUACGUCAUCUACCGUUCCAGCAAGUAAUCCUAAGGUUUCCAUGUUUGGGGCAAAAUCUGGAUUUGUCAUACCAAAAAAUAAGCUGUCGGGUUCAUUGGUUCCCAUCUUCCGAGGUGGUGGAAAAUCGGAAGGUGGCAACACUGUUAAAGAUGAAAGCACUAAACAAGUUCAGAGAAAAACAAAAUGGGGUGCUGAUGUAAUGCUAGAUGCUGCUGUCAGGAAAGGAAGAGCUUUAGCAUAUCAGGCUCGACUGGAGCAAAUCACCCAACAACUCAAAUCUGGAGCUCUGGAGAUUGGAGAUAAUCAAGGUUCUCAGUCACCAAAGCAUACUUCAAACCAUGAUUCUGCUAGCCACAAGGUUGACAAUGAGUCCCAGAAGCAUGAGCUCUUGGAAUUGGAAAGACGAGAAAUUAUUGGUGAAAUAUUACGUCUAAAUCCUAGCUAUAAAGCUCCAGCAGAUUAUAAGCCAUUGCUGAAAGAAGCUAAAGUUCCUAUUCCAAUUAAAGCAUAUCCAGGAUACAACUUUACUGUACUACUAUUGGGGCCUGAAAGCAAUACCCAGAAGCGUUUGGAAGAGGAAACAGGAGCUAAGAUACGGGUAUAUGGAACAAAAAAGGAUAUAGGAGAGAAGCAUGAAAUUAUGCAGUCAGAUAUACCUGAAGCCCAGGGUGCUUAUGAGGAGCUGUACGUCAAUGUCUCAGCUGACACAUAUGAGAAAGUUGAUGCUGCUGUUUCACUGAUUGAGCUGCUACUAACUCCAGUAUCUGGUAGCUCCGCAGUUGUUUCAACAAAUUCUACCUCUGUUGCUGGAGACCAGAAGGAGACAUCUUCUACUUAUAUAAUGUCACCUGUGGCUGGUGUCCCUCAUUGUAUUCCACAACCAGUGCUGGUGACUGCUCAGCCUGCUCUUCCACAGUAUCAACCAAAUCCUGCACCUUGGUACCAAAUUAUGUCAUUUAAUGCUCCCUCACAUCCACCCUUUGGAUUAAUGCCUCCUCCUUUGCCUGGCAAUCCUAUUCGCUUUCUUCAAUCUCCUGCCAAUCCUUACAGGGUCGGUCCAUUAAUUGGAUACACUGCUCCCUUUGGCUCAACUCCAAGGUCCUCAUCAGCUAUUACCUCUAGACCUCAUUUAGCUAUGCAAUCUAUGCCACAGCCUCUGAACCAGGCUACUACACCUCAAAGCCUUCCUAUGCCAGCUCAGCAGCCCCCACCAGCAUAUACUCUUAUGCAAUCCCAGCCUGCUUCCACUGCACCUCCAUUCUCCGCUUCUCAAUCAAUGCCUUUUGGAGCAAUGCCAGCACCAGGACCACCUCGGCCUGUGAAUCCACAACCAGCAUCCAUGUCUCCCACAGUCCAACUUUCCAACAGGCCAUUAACAUCUCCUGCCCCCCCUGGAAGCUCUGGAUGGCCCACUGCACCCCGAUUUGUUCCGCCAACUCAAAGGCCAUCCCAGAUGGCUCCUCCCUCAAUGACACUACCUAUGAGGCCACAGCCAGCUGUUUCUGCAACGCCUGUUGCUUCGGCACCUUCUGCACCAAAUAUACCUUCUAACAUGGCGAGUUGGCCUCCAGCAGUCAUUGCUUCUGUACCUUCCGUACCAAAUAAGCUGGCUAAUGUUCCCAGUAGACCUCCACCAGCAAAUUUUGCCCCUCCAGCUGUGUUUCCUUCUCGGCCUUCUUCUUCUCCACCUGCUUUUUCUUCAACAACUCCCCCAAGAGGACCUGUUUCAACAUCAGUAAUGGUUCCAUCCACUUCAGGAGCACCAUUACAGGCACCUAUGCCUCCAUCAGCUCCAAUACCUCCACCAAUUCAAUCAUCUGCACCCAGACCAUCAGGCAUGCUGGUGCUUGCACCAUCUCCCAUGCCAGGUCCACCUUCUGCUCCGCAAACUGCUGCAUUAGUUAGCACAUCCACCCCUGUUUUGGCUCAAGCAUCAGCUCCUUCUCAAUCUCUGCCACCGGUAACGGCACGGGCACCUGUUUCCCUUCCAUCGGUAGCUGCUGGACAGGCACCGAGACCAGCUCAGCCACCCAUGCCAUCGCCACAGCCACGACCUGCGCCACCUGUUGCCAUUUCUGGGAGCAUGCUUAGUUUCACCCCUGUAACACCAGCAACAUGUACGGUCAAUGCUUCACCACCCAUUGCAGCUCCGAGGCCCCCACGCCCAGUGUCUGGUGAUUUUACCUUUCAACCUGUCAGAGCCCGGGUUCCAGCCUCUCCACCCACUCCAGGGCCCAAUAGUUGGUCUGUAUCCCAGGCUUCCUUUCCACUUGGUCCACCUCAAGCACCAUCUUUCCGGCCAUCCAUGCAAAACCCAAUACCCCCAGUGAGCACUCAAGGAUUUCCACCACCACCGUCAUCUGUUGCGCCCUUUUCCAUGAAUCCAGGUGUUAUCCAACCAAUGGCAAGGCUUCCAGGAUUUCCAAACCCAAAUCCUGUCCUGUCAUUGGCUCCAGCAACUGAAAUGGGUUCACCAAGCUUUUCUAUGACACCCCAAGCAUCUAAUAUGUCCGGUAAUAUGUCUGCCCGUCCAAUUCAUUUUGUGCAACCGCAUCAGAAUCCGUUGCCUCCAGCAAACAGACCCAGCAGUCUUAUGAUGCCAAACCAACAGUUGGGCGGUAGCCAUCCUCAUUUCGUGGCUGGUAAAAUCUCUUCAAGUCCUGGAGGGAAUCAAUUCUAUGAUCCCUUCUCGCCAACAUCAAUUUCAUCUGCACCGACUACGCAGGGAGGCGAUCCUACAAAGAUGAGAAGCACAGAGCCGGAUGCCGAGUAUGAGGAUCUGAUGUCAUCUGUUGGUGUGAAGUGAUUCAUCCUGCAGUUGUAGGUUUAAAUGCUGAUGAUUACAUGUCAUGGGGAGGGUUACAUUAUUAUACUGUCUUGGAGAGCACUCAGACUUGAUGAUGGCAAAGACAAGAGGGACCAAAUUAUUAGAUCUAUUGCUUCACUAGGUGCAUCAGAAGUGAAAAGCAGCAGCAGGGAGAUGGUACCCAUCAGUUUUAUAACGGACGGUUAUCAUUAUUGAAAUUUCUCCCUGCGGUUCACCUCAUAUAUCGUUCCGGGUUUUCAUAUUAUGAAGUGAUCCUCUCUAUCUGAUGGUUGCAUGGAUGCUGCUUUUAUCUUUUGUUUCUUCUUUUCAAUAGCAUAAAUUCUAACAGAGCUUUCCAAUAUAAACCUGAAGCUGUUUCAAGUUGAUUUCUA